AUAUCUUGUUCAUAUGCUGUCGAGCUUUGAAAGUGCUAACGUAUUUCUCAGAAGUCGGUGUUGGACGUGACGAUGGGACGCGCUUUGCUCAGUGUUGUUCUGGUGUUAUUCUUGCUGAAUACGCUCCUCCACUUUGAACACACUGAAGGUCACACCAGACCUGUCCUCACCGUGUCCCCGUCAUGGCUGAGUCCUGGAGCCUUGGUGACCCUGAACUGCUCUGCUAAAGAUCUCUCAACGGGAUGGAGGUUCUACUGGUAUGAGGCUGUCCCCCAAGUAUCAGGCAGCCUGUACGGAUUUAAGAUGCUACCUGGAAGCAGCGGAGGGACUGAAGACAGUUCUUUCACAAUUCAUGGGCAGACAUACACAGCAGGAUAUGUGUGCAAAGCUGAAAGAGUGACACCAAAGAAUUACACGUAUUAUAGCAAACCCAAGUUUGUCUGGUCUGGAGAUUUUAGGUCGGCAGCAGCCAGAGUGAGGCCCGACAGAGUGCAGCACUUUCCCUCUGAGUCUGUCUCGGUGAGGUGCGAGGGAAGCUCCUCCGAGUGGAGACUGAUGAGGCUUUCUGCCGCAGGCCACCUGUCAAACUACACCAACUGGGGGGAAAUGGACAAAUCCACAUUCAGCAUCCACAAGCAUACAAACAACACGGCAGUGUACUGGUGUGAGACUGGAUCAGGCCAAUUCAGCAAUGCAGUCAACAUCACUGUGCAAAAGAAAGAUAUCAUCUUAACGAGUCCCGUCCAUCCUGUGACUGAGGGAGAUCUUGUCACUCUCGGCUGCAAACCGGAGGCAGGAAAUUUUACUUCCAGGGUGCUUUUCUACCGAAAUGACGAGCUCAUCCAAAAUGACACCAGAGGGGAGAUGGGGAUCUCUGCGGUGUCGGGGUCUGACGAAGGGUUCUACAGGUGCGAAUCCUCAGGCAAUGUGUCACCACUGAGCUGGGUGGCAGUAAAAUUGUCCAGACAGGAAAGCUCUUCAUAUCAUCUGCCACUGACUGUUGGGAUGGUUUGUUGCAGUCUGCUGGUUAUUCUCCUGCUGCUCUUCUGUUGCUGCAGAAAGUCAAAGUAUUUGUGCUUUGCCAGAGCCCCACAGUCUCAGAGGACCGAUCAGACUGAACAGGAAGAAAGUCAGCCUAAAGUUCCCUCCUCUCCUGAUGGAUCCCAUCACGUCACUUACGCAGUGAUUCAGCUUCAAAACCUCAGAAAUAAGGGAAAAUCAGUAGCGGAUGAAACUGUGUAUUCUGAAGUCAAAGUAGGAGCAGCUCUUGGCCCAUAAGGAGAAGUGCACCACUUUGUCCAGGAGCACUUUUACAACCUUGAUGUUUGACCAUAUUGUACCGCAAUAAACCUUCUUUGUUAGCAAGACACA